AUGGAGGGAUCAGGCAGCUCAUCAGGGAUCAGGCAGCUCAUCAACGACGUCGUCAAGAGGGGGCGUACCAUCAACAACCCUUACACUAUCAUUGAGGACUUCUCCAAGGAUAUCUUAGCCUACAACUCUCGCGCAGACGGAAAAGUGAAACAUGUAGUGUGA